AUGGCGGACGGGUUUUGUUUAUACCGAAAAGUCGUGUGAAUUUGAUGAUUUUGCAAAGGAAAUUUUUGAACAAAUUUGUGUAUUUACUCUUAGUAUAUAUUCUUGCACCUAUUAACCGAGUUUUGAUUGGUUUCAUGAUUCAGGAACGAAUUUCAAUUUCUAAGCUGUUUACAAAUUUCACCCCAUGGUCUAGGACUGUUUCUUAAUUUUGUAAUAUGGAACGUUGCUCACCUCUGAUUAGCUGAUUUUGGUGCAAUGAAUCCCAAACAGCAGUGCAGACAUCUGUAACAACAGUGCAAAAAUCGGUGCAGAAAUGUUGUAUAGUACAUGUAUCUUACACACUGUAUCGUUAUAGUCCACUUCAUGGUGCAAAGAAACUUUGCAUUCCCAGGACAUCAACAUUGUUCAAGUGGGAUGCCAAGGAAGUCGUUUCUGUCUGUGUUCGUGACACCUUAUAUAUUGCGUCUGAACAAUGUUCACUUUCUAUGGCACAACCAAGGAUUGAUACCUUUGUAAGUUUAAUAGAUUAUGAUUGGGUGAUUAUUGGUGAAAAAUCAGUGUGACCUAGUCAAGGUGACUAUUCAACCCCCCCCCCCACUUUGUAUUGUUAAACUUAUAUGCUGGAGGUUGUGACUCUGUCUACUUUACCAUAUACACUGCACACAGUAAUUAUGUAACAAAGGACUCUGGUGUGAAACUGUGAAUAUCAUAAAAAAUAACUUGCUUGUUGCAAACACCUAAUCCAAACCAUUAAAUUAACCGUUUUAUAUACUUGAUAAUGAAGAAAUGAAAAGGUAAUAUUACACACGCCUGCCUGUUGGGCAUUUGUAAAACUAUAGUACGGUGUAGAACUGUUUUGCGGUUUUCACCUCAUCCACAAAAAAUACAUUCAAAAGCAAGUUGCAAGUUUCAUUGCAUUUCAUACCUUUCAUACCUGUAUGUAUUUUAGCUCGAGGAAUCAAGCACCGAAAGGCAAAAUGAAGGCACAAGCGAGAUGGGAACUACACCCAGUAUUACUAGAAUGCAAGCAGUGGAUGAUGUUGGUGUUGAUGUGGUCCAAGAAAUUAGGUUUGCUUGUCAAAUGCAUAUUUGUGAUAGGAAUAUUUGUGAUCCCAUUAUAUAUACUGUAGAGUGUUUAUUCGUGGCUGCAUGGGCCUAAUAGACUCGGUUUCGCAAGCUAUUUACAGGCACUUGCCUACAACUUACUGGCAAACACAAAAAGGAGAUAAGGGCACUUUGGACCAGCUACAUUACCUGCAUAUUUUCCAUUAAAAUAGUCCUUAUUUCGUUUAGCUGUUACGAAAGUCUUGUCAUUGAAGAUGAUUUUGAGAUUUCAGAUGAUGAAGGAGAGUUACCGAUAGUAUUAACACAGCCAAGGUACCGACAUUUGGUUCCCCGCCCCUUCAAAACUACAUGGUACAAGCAGGCUAUUGCUGAAGCUGAAUAACGAAAUGCUUAAUGAAAGAGACUAUGAAUGUAUUGUCAUUGCAAAUUGUCCUUGUAAUAAUUUACUAUUUUUUUAAAUUUUAGUGAUAGACACGUCUCACUUGCGUCGAUAUUGUCAGGAAUACGCAGCAAUGAAGUUGACGAGAAUGCUUUUUCUUUCAUUAAUGUUCGUCGCAGUCAGUUGUGGGUUGAUUUGUGUCGUCGCAUCACAAAAGGAAAGUUUAACCCUAAAGCUAUGGUGUCAAUUAAAUUUGCAGACUACCACGGAAGCAGCGAGGGUGCUGUAGACAUGGGUGGUCCGCGAAGAGAAUAUUUCCGUCUUGUGAUACGGGCUGUUAAUCUUGAAUGGGGGAUAUUCUGUGGCCCCGAAGACAAUCGCAUUAUAUUUCCAAAUGCGACAGGUACUUAUAUCACAAUAUAGCUUUCCAUAAUCUAAGUGAUUGUGAGUACGAGAAUGAUCCGUUAUGGAUCUAAGAUUGUUUUACCGCACAGACCGUAUACAUGAUAACUUCAAUUUGAAAUCAGAUCACAAAUCGUGGAUUGCUGUACUUUAAGUUACUGUAGAGUAAUGAACUAUGAAUGAUGGAGUGUACUUUGUAAUUGUUCAAUAUUUUUGUUUAGCUCGAAGCAAAGAUUUUUACAAGUUGGUUGGCCGAAUAAUAGCUUGGUCUCUCUUUCACGGUGGUCCAGGUGGCAACUUUCUUAGCAAGUCGUUGUAUAACGCAAUUGCAUAUAAUGGAACCAGUAAAAUUGCGCACCUUGAAGACAUUUCUGAUAAAGAUCUUCGUGAGAAAAUUUCUUCGGUUUGUUUAAAUAUUACUUUCUUAUGCUGCACUAGUACACGAUUACAAACGAUAUUAUACUUACAGUACAUCGACUUUUUUGCAGAUCAAAAACGCUGGUACCAUUGAUGAACUGAACGCAGGAUUGAAACAGCCGUACAUUGAAAAAAUUUUAGACGCACAAGGGGCGCUUCCAUCGGCUUCCAGCGUUAGUGAAAAACACCGCAUCUGUGAUCUUCUGGUUCGCCAUAUCCUCAUCGAUUCCGUGCAGUUUUUGAUAAACGAUAUGAGAGAAGGUCUUGAAACGCUUGGCGUGCUGCAAGCGAUUCAAAGAAACCCGGAAAAAUUUAGAGAAUUGUUCAUUAAAGAAUACUUGCCGAAGUUAGACGCAGAAAUUGUUGAUCUGCUUUUCGUCCCAAAACUUGCGGAGGAAGGCUCAAACAAGCGGGCAGCGCAAGAGCAAGCAAUAGUGUACUGGCGUGACUAUUUGCAAGAUUGCAUGGGUAAGCUACCUAAUCCAGCUAUUGCAUAUAAUUACCUCCCCCAGGUGUAUGCGUGUACAGUACAGGGUGUCCCAAAAGGCCACCAUUUAGAAAUCACUCUUGUGCUUUGUUACACCUUUGGGAAUUUUCACUUCACCCCUUUUUAGUCACUAAAUUUUGCCCCCCCCCCCUCGAAAUCGUCAGCCCCCCCCCCAGCAUACGUAAUGAAUGCAGCCUAAUAUGUUUGUACAAUGACAUAUUUUCAGACGGAGAUUCCAAAGCAAGCCUCAACAAAGUUUUAAUUUUUUCCACUGGCGCAAGUGUUCCACCUCCAAUGGGAUAUGGCAACACACCAUCGCUUGAAUUUGUGGAAGGAGAACUUCCAAAAUCCAACACAUGUGCACCUGUGCUUUACCUCCCUUUAGGACACCAGGAAUAUGACCAUUUCAAAGAGAAAAUGGAUUUUGGCAUAUUGAACUCCCCAUGCUUUGGUUAUGCUUAGAAUAACUUAGUUAAGUGACAGAAAAUAUGUUAAUUUAGGUGUUGCUUAUCACUGCAAUGCCGGCGAUGUUUUGGUAAAAUACGUCACUUAAAGGUAAUUGUAACACACUUUUUAAUUAAAAGUAUAAUUCAUCGUAUUACAGCCUAUUUUAAAAUUGUAUCAGGAGAGAGAGAAC